GACAUCUCCUGGUAGAUAAUGGCAACGUAUCAAUAUUAAUGAAAUCAGUCUGCGCAGUUUAACAUGAAUUGAAGAUGAAUUACCAAGUGCUAACGUUACCAUUUUGACACUACAUUUAAGAUACCGCUUACAUUAUUUUGUUUAUUUUUUAAAAACUUUACAGAGAUGAAACGUAUAUAGGCAAUUUUUCAUUUGAGUGAGGCACAUGGGGAGAUAGGCAAAGGCAAUUUUUUACAAAGGCUAAUUUUUUACAAAGGCUAAUUUGUAACCACUAUUUUUGUGGUGCUGUUAUCGCUUCUUCAAGCCUUUUGAUCUAACCGCCGUACUAAAAGCAUGUUCAGAGCAGCCCCCAUGCAAGUGAGUUUUCGCUGAACAAGAAACUAUUUUUUUUUGUCCGCCAUGGCAAAGCAGUAUGACGUUUUGCUCAGGUUGCUACUUUUAGGAGAUUCCGGGGUUGGAAAGACCUGUUUGUUGUGCAGGUUCACGGAUAAUGAAUUCCAUUCGUCGCAUAUCUCUACACUUGGAGUGGAUUUCAAAAUGAAAACAUUAAAAAUAGAUGGCAUUGAAGUGCGCGUACAGAUCUGGGAUACUGCUGGCCAGGAACGGUACCAGACCAUCACCAAGCAGUACUACAGACGGGCACAGGGUUUUAUCCUGGUGUAUGACAUCACUAGUUCCCGUUCCUUUCAGCACAUUGUGAAGUGGGCUAGCGAUGUGGAUGAGUUUGCACUUGACAAGGUGCAGAGGAUCCUGGUGGGGAACAAGGCUGAUGAGGAGCAGAAGAGGAAAGUGCCUAAAGAACAAGGGAACAAGCUAGCAAAAACCUAUGGAAUGGAGUUCUUUGAGACAAGUGCCUGCACCAACUGCAACAUAAAUGAGUCGUUCACCCGGUUGACAGAGCUGGUCCUGCAUGCUCACAAGAAAGAGAUGGAUGCCUUCCAGGGUUCAAUUAAUAAAUACCUAGACAUUACUUAUCUGGAGGGAGAGCAGGACAAAGAGGACAACUCCCAGAAGGCCUGCGCAUGUUAGCAUGAGGCAAAACUCAACCUGGGAGUGUUUGGCUAAAAUAUUUAGUUGUUUUUGCAAUACCUCUGGCCCUAUGACAUAAUGGCAAUGAAAUGAUGAUUAACUUAUUAAAUCUGUGAGGACA